AUAUUUGUGUAUUGAUAAUGUUUUAGGCGCUACGUUCAAGAAUGGAAUUUGAUGUUCUGAAAUACGUUUUAUUGAGAUGCAAACUUGUUGAUAUAUUUCCUUUGUUAAAAAAAUGGAAUUUUAUUAGAGAAAGUGAUUAUAAUGAAGUUAACUUUAAAGGGAAGAAGAAAGAUGUUGCUGACAAAAUAAUUCAGCUGUGUAAAAAAAAUAAACUAUCCUUGAAGAACGCCUGUGACCUUCACCUUAUAUACACUCAGCUGCACUCAACCAGCAAACAUUGGACCGUUUACCAGCUUUUCACAGGACAUGGUGAAGAUAGAACUGAAGUUCAGAUCAUCUCCAGACCGGCACAGCUGAGAAAAUCUCUCCAGACACAGAUGUUGCUGUAUGUGGGAGAUGUGUUGAUCAACAUGAACUAUUACGCCGGUGCUGUCUGGGGCCGUAUUGAGAUUCUUGACGACAGGACACCUGGCUAUGACCUGAACAGUACCAUUUUCCUGGUGGCGUAUCCCAGAACACCAUACCUAAUGCUUCCCAGAAUUAAAGUGGGGCUGUUGGACAACGUCUUACAGGCAAUUCUGGUUGCAUUUGGAGCUGAUGCAAUAAAACCUCUGAAGUUAACUGGAUGUCACGUCAGUUCUUUGGCAGAGCUUGCAAUCAACCGCCACUCACAGGAGUCCUUUAGAAACUACCGAGAGAGAGAGGAAACUGAAAACCCACUGUCAAGGAAAAUUAAAAAGAGGAAAGUGUCUGAUGACGGUGGUAAAGACUGUCAGAUUGUCAAUGAGGAGGAGCUAAGAAAGAAGAGGAAGUUAGAAGACAUGAAUGACAAGCUGGGUACACUAGAACAACCUGUACUGGAGAAACUGAGAUACCAGUUAAACAUCAAUUACCGAGGUAACACCGAUGCCUCCUUGGCCAACACAAAACCGUUCAAGAACACAGUGACGUUUGAGGGAACAUCAGUCUUAGAAGGUCUUCGCAACCUUGCACAUGCGGGACUCGCCAGGUGGCCAAUGCCAAAUCAUGUCUACAGAGUUAGCUCCCUUGCCAAGAACUUCAUCGUCCUGUCUGAAAAACCAACGGAACAAAGCGUGCAGUCAUCACAGACCACUCACGAUAAAGAUAUGGAAACACCUUGCAGAUAGCUGACAGUGAUGAGUCAGGGGCAGAUCCAAGGAGGGGGAUGAUGUUUGUACCCUGGUGUGUGCACACCCUUCCCAAACUUCGAAAUACAGAAAGACAUCUGCUGUUUUAAUGGAUGAAAAUAAUCAUCUCGUUUCAUUUUAAUUUGGAGGGGAUAUAAUAUCAUUGUCAGCUUUAUGCGUCUGAGUUAAAUAUAUAAUACAUGUUUAUUGUUAAUAUCCGUUGAAACACUGGGUGUUUUGUUUUUAAGUUUUUCUCUAGAAAAAUCCAGGAUCUGUUUACAGAGUCAUUGUGUGCUUUGAUUGGUUAUUCAUAAACAAGUUCUGAUUUUCUUGAAGUCCAUUUUUAACUUUGCAAGUGCCAUGUUUUGCUAUUUUAAAAAGUACUUGUCAUAAGUAACUACAGAUUAAACAAUACUACAUUAUAUAGUUUUAGUGUCAUUAAUUCAAAAAUGUCAAAAUUGUAAUGUGCCAUUUACACGAGUGCAUGGUGUUGUUUUGUAUAGUCUGAACCACAUAGUUAACCACUACGAUAAAUUAAAUAUUCUCCUGCCUUUUGUUACCAUUAGAUUUUCUCCACAUUUUGUCCAGACACAUAUCGUGAAAAAACCCCAUUACAGUGUCACUGUGACACAGAUUUCACAUACUAAAAUGUAAUCAUGUCACCUAUAUCGACUUCAUUGAGAUCUCCUAAGACAAAAAAAAACAUGCAAGUUUUCACCAUCUGCCUUUUUCAUUUUUAUUGGAAUAUUCUUUAAGAGACGUGGAAUGAUGUUUUUGACAUGUUUAACACUAAUGCAAUGUUUAUAUACCUUAGCGCAUAUUGUGACGCUGUUUUUAGAUUCUGUCACAGCCUUGCACCCCUCUUGAAGAAUAUUCCUUAAAAAAGCAAAAUGGCAGGUGGGGAAAUUUUCGUGUUUUAGGCAGGGUUCUGUUUUUGAUCCACAUUUGUUUCCUAGCUAUGCUUACUCAAUAUAGACUAUAUAAAGACAACAGGCAAUACAGCAUUCAGUGCAUGACUGAUCCAUCUGUUGGUACUAAUUAACUCAAAACAGGACCAAAAUGCAAGUGGUUUUAAAAUAAUGUUUGUUUAUAGUGUUUUAUCAAUAAACUUGUAUUCUGUUAA